AUGGGGGCCCCCGGGGGGGCCCCCGAGGAGACAGUGCAGGGGACGUCUCAGCGCGUAUGGGGCACAGACAAAGGGGUACCUCUGAAACACCUGCUGCUGCUCUUCCUCAAAGAAGGGGCCCUCCCAAGGGGCCCCCAGGAGGGGGGGGCCCCCGGUGCUGGCGGGGUGUGCCCUGCAGGGGAUGAAAGGCUGAGUUCAGAUGAACUUUUUUUGCAGUUUGUAUUGAAGUGUCUAGACAGUGCAGACGCCUAUCAAGAGCUGCUGACGCCCUCAUUUCCUCUGGAGUGGGGGAAGUUGCUGUGCACCUGGAAGGCGGGGGAGGCCCCGGGUACCACAGGCGACCCUGGGGCCCUCGGGGCCCCUGGCCGGCUUCGGCUUUGCUGCUCGUCAUCUCUCCUUGCAACAGAGAUAACGCGUCUGGGUUUGCAGGCGCGGGGAGGCAUAGACAGUUGGGGUGAUGAGAUAGCACUGGGCACCACCGUGUCCAAGCAACAGCAACUGCUGCUGCUGCACCUGCUGCUGCAGUGGCACGCUGACGUACAGCGCAGCACACAGCCACCGCUUCAGCUGGAGCAGGCCCCACAGGCAGAAGAUAAGCCCCAAGAAGCCCCCGCAUGCAGUCGCCGGAGCUCGCCGCUGCAAGUCCUCUUGAGGUUGCUGCGCAGGAGCGGGUUGUUUGCUGGUGCGGCUGUGGGGCCAGGGUGUAUAGACGAGGCGGCGUUGUGGUUGACAGCGCUGAUGGAGAGCAGCUGUUUCCGUUGCUGCUGUCUCUACUUCGUGGGUUUGCUGCGUCUGGCUAGCGAACGGCGCCUAGGUCUCCUGGCCUACAGCAGGGAAUAUCUCACCGCCCAGGCAGCACACAGACAAGAGGGAACGGAGGCAGAUGCAACAACUGCAGCAGCAGCUGCAGCAGCAACAGCAGCAGCAGCAGCAGCAGCAGCAAGACCAGGAGCAGUGUCAGGGAUGAGUUCAUUUUCUGUGUUUUCUCUGGCUGUAUUGUCGCACCUGUCAGUCACGCCGCGUUCCAAUGGGGGGCGGCCCCUGUUUGUGGAGAUGCCCCCCUUCGGGGUUGGGGCCCCUCGCGAUAGCUGUUGGGGCUGCUGCUCUCCGAUGCAUGCAGACGAGCUCUGUGCUGCUGCUGUCGCAGAGUGGGCUGUGCAGGGCUUCAUGCGCUGUUGUUUGCUGAGGCCUUCAUGGGGGCCCCCCUUUCUCAACUGCCUGGAGGCUGAGGGCCCCUGGCGGGUCGUCGGCGCUGCCUUGAACGUGGGAGCUUCUGCGAAACAGGAGCAGAAGGAGCAGCAGCAGCAGUUGGAUCAGCAACAGCAGCAGCAGCAGCAGACAGAGGCAACCAGGGCUGCUGCAGCGCAGCACCCGCAGUUUGCUGCCGUCGUGGUGUGGGCCCCGACGGGAGAGAAGAGACUGAAGGAGACAGAAGGAGACAUUUUCUUGAUGAGCAGCUUGCACUGCUCUCUGACGUUGCACCUCGGCUAA